AUGGCGCCCCCUCAGCACCACCACAACCCCGCCCAGGGCCAACCGACAACAACAACGAAACCAAAGCCAACCCCAGUACUGCUACCAUACCGCCCCCACUUCCCACAAGGUUCCACACCGCCGCCAAAGCAAGGACAGCAGCAGCAACAACAACAAGAACCCUCCUCCUCCUCCUCCUCCCGUCGUCCGCCCCCGCGCGACUGGAAACCCGUCGAGCCGCUGCAGGCGAGGUACAAGCCGGCGGCGCGGAGGUGGACCAUGGCCAUCGUGGCCAUGCCCAUCGCCAUCGUGACGAGCUGGGCGUUGUAUGAUCGAUUGGUUCUCGGGAAGGAGCGCAAAGAGAUGCCACGGGUGGUGAAUUCGGACCUUUCGAAUGCGGUGAAGGAAGUAGAUACAGAAGAGAAGAAGAGGUAG